AAGACAUGUGACAUUACAUUUUUUAUAUUCGUUUUAUUUUUUAUAAAUUUUAAUAAAUCAAAUAGUUUAUAUACAUUUUACAUUAAUUCAGCAUGUUAAAAUAGAUAAUGGACUCGUCGAAUUUACAAAUAAAAAUAAAGGCCCCGAAUUUAGAAGGAGAAGCGACCGAUGAAGCUAAUAACCUCCUAAGAAAUGGCAUUCUCGUAGAAACGAGCAAAGGCUUAAUUUGUAUGUCCUUAAACGAUGCACUAUCGUUGGAUCUGAACCUCUCCGUGGACGAUUUACGUAACGUCGCCGCUCAGUUGAUAUCGCAACAGAAUGUGAUUACUCAUACACAUUCGACGAAAACGCCGCAUAUCAAUUUGAAUUUCGAUAGCGAUGGAUUCUCCAGCGAAUGCAGCGAUAUCAGUACCACGACGUCGGGCUCCACUGUACAUUCGAGCUUCAAACCGUUCCCGCCGGCUUUGAGCGAAGUGCAUGCAAUUCACGCGAACAUGUUCAAAAUCGAUAAUCAAAACGCCACUAACAGUAAGGAAUGCGUCAAAGUAAUGCUAGACGAAAAGCCGACCGAUAGCAAAAUCGAAGUUAAUCAAGUUGCCGAGCUCGUAACUGUUAUAGAAAAACCGAAGAAGGGCAGAGGGGGCUGGCCGAAAGGUAGGAAACGGAAGCCGGAACUUCUCAACCUACCGCCCAAAGCUCCCGCUACCGGCUAUACUUUAUAUCUAAACGAACAAAGAAAAUUGUUCAAAGACAGCUCUUUGGCUUUCCACGAAAUCACCAAAAUCAUUGGCAACAAAUGGUCGAGUUUAACGCUUGAAGAAAAGAAACCUUACUUAGAGAAAGCCGAGGAAGACAAAAAGCGGUACAGAGAGGAGUUAAAGCAGUACAGACAAUCAGAUGCUUAUAGGGCUUACCUAACAAAAAAACGAAAGAAACGCUUGCAAUAUAAUGUUAUGUCCGAAAGCGAUAUGGAUGCAACCGAUGAUUUCGACGAGGAAGAUAACGAAGAGUUGUACUGCAGGACAUGCGAUCAAUGGUUUCACAAUUUGCACAACAAGCGAGAGCAUUUACAAGGCAAGCAACACCUGCAAUCGGUUGCCGGGGAUAUUACUCGAGAAUUGAGUUCCGAUCCGGAGGGCUUGAACAUCGCUAGUACCGCUUCUUUCAGUACUUCUUUGGACGAAUCCAGCCUGGACGGUAUGCCCAAUACGAGAAUAUCCAACACAACAAAUACGAUAAGCGAAGCUAUGAGCAGUUUAGCUUCGAUGGUAGCGAAAAGAGAGAGCGAGAUAAAGACGUUGAAAAACAGACAGAACGAAUCGAUAUCGCAACAGCAGGCCUUGUGCAAUCAGCUGCAUCAGCUUAGCGAAAGGCAUAAAAAACUCCAGAAGGAUUUGCUGCUGCUCAAAGAGAAGGAAAAGGACGUCGAAGGUAAGGUUUUCCAUCUUUGGCAAGUGCCCAGCUGGUUCAUAAUAACGGAUUUGAGCAGCACCGAUUGUAACGAAAGUACCGAAUGAAGUGCAACCGGCUUGUUAAAAUGUAGACGCGGCGCGCGUUAAUUGUUGGCGAGAAAAACACGAGGUGGUGCUGAUGAGGUUGUUAAAAUAAAAAUUAUCGAGACGAGACUAUCGAUAAUGAAAUUUGUCCUCGCUUAAAUAACUUAGAAGUUAUUCCAUAUUGUAGGCGAUAAAUUUCGAGGGCUAAUUUUAUUAUUGAAAACUUAACCAAUAUAUCAAAUAAUAUUUGAUCUAAUGAUCUAAACUUAUUGAAUAGUUUUAUUAUACAGGUUGAUUCAUUUUAGUUUGCAAUAUAGGUUAUGUAGGCUAUGCUAUGGGUGCGAUAAAGAGAACUUCCAGACACUUAUAAAGGAAAAAGAAAGAGAUAUUGUGUCAACUUUUCACUCUGACAACUCUCUUUGUUCAACUCGUAGAAAUAAAUGACCAUAUUGCAAACUGAAAUGAACCAAGGUGUAUAAUUUCAAGUGGCUAAACAUUUUUAUUUGCUUAUAAAAUAGUCUCAGUACGAUUCGAGAGGUAUCUAAUUUUCGAAAUUCGAAUUUCACAUUCAGGGAAUUAGAUGCCGGUUGAAAUCGAAGUUAUUUUUCGUUAAGACUAUGCAGGUACAUUUGUUAAAAAUGAGUCUGAAUAAAUUAUUUAAUCUUUUGAA